CUCGUCACUAUCAACUAUUGACCACCUAUACAACUCUGUCUCGACUUGCAUUCCCCAAUCACCAGCAGCAACACCUACACUAGUAUCAAACACACACCUCAAGCGUUUAUGAGCAUGUUUCUCCGGAUACCCCGGUUGGCAAACGCUCGUCGCGCAGCGAGUAGCCAGGUCGCCUGCUACUCAUCCUCCUGCGCACCACCACCUGCACAAGCCGCCGAUGAGCAACCUCGCCGGGAUGACCGACAGAGUCGAGAGGUCAGGACUGGAGGACACGGACGAGUCAAGAAGGGCUCUCCGUCUCAACGUAGGGAGAGGGAGGCUGGGGGUCGACGAUUCACCUCUGCCGCCGCAUUGCACAUCAUGCGUGAGGAAAAGGCGGCAUUCAAGCCGAUCCCCGUACACCCCAAACAGGCUCAGUUGCACAUGGCCUUGACGCCGUCGCAUAUGCCUCUCAAGCUGAACCUGGGGACCAGUCAUCUCGAGACCGACCCCAAAGUCUUUGGCUUGCCUGCUACGCAUUACACACUCAAGGACCUGUUGGCCUACCCCUCGCCUGUCAGGCCCGACCUCUUUUUCGAAAAGGGAGAGACCGUUCGAAAGGAAAAUUCGUUGAAGGAGCUCGAUAUGGUCAACAACCAUAUUGCCACACUGUUGGUCAAGCGGGAAGGCUUCUCGCCGGUCCUCAACGAACACCAGGCCUGGUCCGGGUCCUUUGACGCUCAUCGGGUACAAGCCAGGGGUGACGCUGCCUCAGCCAAGGCUCGUGCCUUCCACGAUGACCCUGCCAAUGCCCUCGUCUCAGUCCUCCUUCCUCACCCGUCCUCGAUCGACAUCCAGUUCAACAACGUCCUCUCCACCAUCGAAGCCGCUCAACGACGCUUGUCCCCCUCGACCUCGACUUCGUCCACCUCCGCUAGGUCCAGUUUCGUCCCCGAGGACCCGCACUCGGCCUUGAUGCUCCACGAACAGGCCGUACGAGCAGAAGCGGACAAGAACAAACCGGAGAUGGAUCUCGCCGUCGGCGAGGUGGAAGACCUCCUCGAGCGCAUGGCCCUGACAGACGCUUCCCUCGGUCAAGCCCCGUCGUUCUCGUCCGCGUCCACGACGUCGAGUACGGCAUUCGUCCGCCCGGAUUCGGAUUCUCUCUCCUACGCGAUGGUCGCUAGGGAGCGAGGGUUGACGUUCGGAAGGUGGUCCGACCGGGCAUCCCGCGCCGUCAGGGUCAAGAUGAUGUUGGCUGAAGAGGAAGGGGCCGUGGGGGACUUUGUGUGGAUGGACAGUGUCAAGAGGAAGAGGAAGAAGAAGAUCUCCAAGCACAAGUACAAGAAGAGGAGAAAGGCGACCCGGGCCGAGAGGAAGAAGUUGGGCAAGUAGACGUAGCGGCGAAAGUUUGGACGGGAAGACAUAUAUAUAGUUGGUAGCGGGAAGAUUCCACGGCAUGCACAAUCAUUUAGAACCCUUACUCGUCAUCGAGAUGUCCCAUACGUACGACCCAGAAUAUCCCAGAUCAUCAUAAAGUCCACACAACUCUGCUG